AUGAACUGGGCCUUGGCCUUCGGACGGUCGGUCGCUCCUGCGCUCCGCACGCGCCCACGCGCCCACGGUGGAGCCACCGAGGAGGGGCCCUAUGGGACUCUGGUGAAGGUGGUCUAUGUGAGCCGCUCGCCCGUCCCGCGCGCCUCCGUCCGCGGGUCGAGCAUGGGCUCGCCCGUGGAGUCCGCGGCCGGGGCGUUGGAUGUCGUGGGGAGGCCGUUUGGGUUUGUGCUGCACGGCCUCUUCUUUGGCGCCGGGGUGCUGGGGCUCUAUGCCCUGUCCAGGAGCUUGGAGUCCCUGGCCGCUGAGCAUGACGCCAAGGUCUUGGAGGUGCUGAAGGCUGCGGAGCAGACGGGAGAGGCGGAGACCCAGGAGGAGCUGAAGGACACCGAGGACACUGAGGAGCUGCGGAAGCGGGGCGGUGCUCGCGGUGCUCGCGGGGCGUGA